UUUACUUUAUUAACUACCUCAAUCUGCACCACUCUCUUGCCCUUCACACCCUAAAACAUCUCUCUCUCUCUUGCCUUAGCUUUGCAUGAUCUAUAAGUAAUGUUUCUUAGUGUUCUUCCCUUUCACUACUUUUAAUUUUGGCGUUCUUGUUCAGUCUUUUUCCCUUUAUAAACUUUUUGGCUCAUCAUCGUUUAUAUAUAUUUGUCUUUGUGUUUUGUCCCUCUUUCUCUUUAGUGUUUGUUUCCUCUUCUACUAUUCAAAAUGAGUGAUCCCUACACCAAUUAUUUCCAUGGAUGGUUUAACAAUCUCAACCCUCUUUACCAUUUCUCCUCUUCUUCUUCAUCUUCUUCAUCUUAUAACUAUAUCUUGCCUUCAACAAAUUUCCAAUAUAAUGAAUAUUUUCAAACUUCACCACCUUCUCCUCCUUUAAAAGAACCUCUUCCUCUCCUUAGUUUGAGUCCAACAAUAAGGCAAAUUCAAGAUCAAGAUUAUUCAUCUAAUAUCACUACUAUGGAAGUUGAUAAUAAUAGUAAGGAAACCAAAGAAGAGAGCUUUAUUUCUAAUUUUGGUGAUGAUCAAGAGGAUGAUGAAAGUGUUAGUGUGGCCUUACAAUUAGGGCUUCCUAAUCCAAGCCCUGAACUUAUUUCAAGAAUUUCAACUACAAAUACAAUUGAAGAAACCAACAAAGAAGAUCAAGAAGUUACUUUGGCCAAUGGAUAUUCUACCACAAGCACACUUCACAAGGGUCAAUAUUGGAUCCCAACACCAGCUCAAAUUUUGAUUGGUCCUACACAAUUUUCAUGUCCUCUUUGUUUCAAGACUUUCAAUAGAUACAAUAACAUGCAGAUGCAUAUGUGGGGACAUGGAUCUCAAUAUAGAAAAGGACCAGAAUCUCUAAGAGGAACACAACCAACAGCAAUGCUUAGGCUUCCUUGUUUUUGUUGUGCACCAGGUUGUAGGAACAACAUUGAUCAUCCAAGAGCUAAGCCACUAAAAGAUUUUAGAACACUUCAAACACAUUACAAAAGAAAGCAUGGAAUUAAACCAUUUAUGUGUAGGAAAUGUGGUAAAGCAUUUGCAGUGAGAGGUGAUUGGAGAACUCAUGAAAAGAAUUGUGGGAAGCUUUGGUAUUGCACUUGUGGAUCAGAUUUUAAACAUAAAAGAUCACUUAAAGAUCAUAUUAAAGCAUUUGGAAAUGGACAUGCAGCUUAUGGUAUUGAUUGUUUAGAAGAAGAAGAUGAACCUGCUUCAGAAAUUGAACAAGAUAAUGAUCAUGAUCCUUCAACCUGACAAAACGUUUACACGGGAUGCUUUGUGCAACCUGU